AUGUAUAAACCACCACCCUCUCUCCUUUCGCGCUCGCUUCCCGUCUAUCAUCUAACGGCAUCCAACACGUCUUUGGGGAAGACUAUCUUUUCAACACUUCUCUGUCGACAACUUCUUGCCAAAAAACAAAUCCCUUAUUAUUUGAAGCCUGUUUCGACAGGACCGUUAAUUGAAGCUGAUGAUUUACAUAUUGAGAAAUUUGCAAAAGGAUCGAAAAUAGCAUGCUUGUUUAGAUAUGGUGAAGCUGUCAGCCCACACAUAGCGGCAAGGGGCGUGAAGCCGCCGAAUGAUCAUGAGAUUGUUACAGCAAUCUCAGAUCAGGUUAAAAUUUGGACAAAAAUUAAUGAAAGGAGAGGAGAAGGAAUGAUCAUAGUGGAAGGUGCUGGCGGCGUACAUUCGCCAACACCUUCUGGUACAAGUCAAGUAGAUGCAUUAAGACCUCUGAGAAUGCCAGUGUUUCUCGUUGGUGAUCCAAGAUUAGGCGGAAUUUCUGCAACGAUUAGUGCUUGGGAGAGUUUACAUCUCCGAGGAUAUGACAUAGACUCUGUCUUGAUAUUCCAGGAAGAGAAGUAUGGAAAUUAUGCAUAUCUAUCUAAAUACUUUCAAGAGAGAGGUGUAAACACAACAGUCAUCCCGCCUCCACCAAACCAGAUACCGAAUCUCCAGGAAGAUGAAGAGUCCAUGUCUUCUUACUACUCGAGUGUUGCUCGGUCCGGCGAGAUUGAAGCUCUACUAGAAGCUUCCCAUCAACGAAACAUAUCUCGAAUUGAAGAUCUGGAACGGAUGGCCACAAAAGCUCACGAGAAAAUAUGGUAUCCAUUCACUCAAAUGAAGCAUCUCUCAGCGGAUAAAAUACUCCCUAUAGAUUCCGCAUAUGGAGAUUAUUUCCAAACCCUGUCAAUGCAAACCGCAUCCAAACCUCAAGAGCCAGUCCAGGAAAAUCUCCUUACGCCCACAUUAGAUGGUUCGGGAUCUUGGUGGACCCAAGGUUUGGGCCACGGAAAUCCUGCUCUGUCUCUAGCCGCAGCCUAUGCGUCAGGUCGAUAUGGACACUGCAUUUUCGCAUCCACCAUUCAUGCACCCUCUCUCAAGCUCGCUGAGCACCUCCUUACCAACCUCAAAAAUCCACGUCUUUCUCGAGUUUUCUACUCUGAUAACGGUAGUACUGGCAUGGAAGUUGCUGUAAAAAUGGCCUUGACUGCUGCUAGUAAGCAUUACAGUUGGGGAAACAAUCCUGAAAAGAGUAGAGAGGUGGGAAUUAUCGGAUUAAAAGGCAGUUACCACGGAGAUACUAUCGGAGCUAUGGAUUUAAGUGAAGGAAGCGUAUAUAACGAAAAGGUACACUGGUACAAAGGAAGAGGAUUAUGGUUCGAUGUACCAAAAGUCUGGAUGAAAGAUGGAAAAUGGGUAGUUUAUGAUGGAACCGGCCAGGAUAUCGAGGAGACAUUUGAUGAAUUGGAUGGUGUGUUCAGUUCACAGAGAGAUAGUAGCAAGCUGCAGAAGAAGUAUGAGGAACAUAUUUUGACUAAACUUCGAAGGGCCAAUGAACAGGGAAUGAAAUUCGGUGCCUUGGUUUUGGAGCCAAUUAUCCUUGGGGCAGGUGGUAUGCUAUUUUGCGACCCUCUUUUCCAACGCACCCUAACAAACGUCAUCCGCAACAUUCCCGAACAACUACUCGGUGAAGCCAAUCCUCUUCCCGAAGGUUCUAAGUUCUCCCCGACCCAAUGGACUGGACUCCCUGUCAUCCACGACGAAGUAUUCACAGGUCUUUACCGUCUCGGUCACUUCAGUCCGUCUACACUUUUACACACUCACCCGGAUAUUUCAGUUCACGCCAAGCUACUUACCGGUGGUCUACUGCCCCUUUGCACAACCGUUGCUAGUGAGAGCAUCUACGAAGCAUUCCUCGGGGAUGAAAAAAGCGAAGCUCUUCUACACGGACAUAGUUACACUGGUCAUGCCGUUGGUUGCGAAGUUGCACGUGUAGGUCUCGAGACUAUGGAAAAAUUGGACAGCGAUAAAAAUGGCACGUGGGAGAAGUUUAGGAAUGACUGGAAUUCCAAAGCUGGAAAAGUAGUUUCUAAAUCUAGUGUAAAGGUGGAGAAUACAAGUGAGAAUAAUCGAGUCUGGAGUAUAUGGAGUAAAUCCUUCGUCACCUCAAUUUCUCAUUUGGAGUCGGUAGAUGGAGUGAUUGCUCUUGGCAGUGUAUUAGCCAUCACCUUCAAGGAUGAGCAAGGAGGAGGCUACACGUCGAGAGUCACAGAAACGGUGAGAGAAAGUAUGUUGGAUGGUAAGGUGGCAGGCAUAGAUGGGGAAUGGAAUAUUCAUGCGAGGAUACUAGGGAAUGUAGUGUAUCUUAUGGGAAGUCAGGUUAUGACUAUGGAGCAGGUUAAGAGCAUUCAAGACAGAUUGGGAGGGAUUCUUGGGGUGAAAAUUGAGGAGGAGUAAGAGGGAAUGGGUAUAAUUACCUAAGUUAAAGAUCAAAUCAAAACACUAAACCGCAGAUAAGCUGGAA